AGAACGCAUUCCCUGAGGCCUUCCCCGCCUUCCCCUUCCCCUUUAAAUAGCUCCUUGAGCAUUUACUUGCCACAGACUAGGAAGAUUUCUGAAGAGCAAAUCAUCUUGGACCUCAGCUUUUGAGACGGGCAGAGAAGCAGAUUUCAGUCAUGAAUGAGGUCAGCAAGAGCUCGCUGGAGAAAAUCCUUCCACAGCUGAAAUGCCAUUUCACGUGGGACUUACUUAAGGAAGAAAGUGUUUCAUCUGAUCUAGAAGAUAGAGUGCGUAACCAGAUUGAAUUUUUAAACCCUGAGUUCAAAUCUACCAUGUACAACUUGUUGGCCUACAUCAAACACCUACGUGGUCAAAAUGAGACAGCGCUGGAAUGCUUACAGAAAGCUGAAGAGUCCAUUCAGCAAGAGCAUGCUGACCAAGCAGAAAUCCGAAGUCUGGUCACCUGGGGAAACUACGCCUGGGUCUACUACCACAUGGGCAGGCUCUCAGAAGCUCAGGUUUAUGCAGACAAGGUCAAACAGGUGUGCAAGAAGUAUUCCAAUCCUUACAGUAUUGAGUGUCCUGAGCUUGACUGUGAAGAAGGGUGGACCCUGCUAAGGUGUGGAGGGAAACAAAAUGAAAAGGCUAAGGUGUAUUUUGAAAAGGCUCUAGAAAAGAAACCCAACAACCCAGAAUUCUCUGCUGGGCUGGCAAUCGCAAUGUACCGCCUGGAUGAGAAACCACCAAAGCAGUUCUGUGUCAGUGUUCUCAAGCAGGCCAUUGAGCUCAGUCCUGACAAUCAGUAUGUCAAAGUUCUCUUGGCCCUGAAAUUUCAAAAGAUAAAUAAAGAAGCCGAAGGGGAGCCAUUGGUGGUAGAGGCCCUGGAGAAAGCCCCUUGCCAAACUGAUGUCCUUCUCAGUGCAGCCAAAUUUUACAAAAAAAAAGGUGAUCUAGACAAAGCUAUUGAAUUGUUUCAAAAGGCGCUUGUAUCCUUGCCAAACAAUGGCUACAUCGAUCAGCAGAUUGCAAGCUGCUAUAGAGCGAAAGAGAAACAAAUUCAGAGCGCAGAGGACUCCGAAGCUGAUAGGAAUAGAGAGAAGAUUGAAGAACUGAGGAAAUAUGCUAGGAAGUAUUCAAAUAAAGCUACUGAAAAGGGACUAAAUCCUAUAUAUGCAUAUUCUGACCUCACUGAGCUGGAAACAGAAGAAUGUCUUGAGACAGCUUUCCCUGAGGCUUCGAGGAAACAAUUCUAUCAGGGCUAUUCCAACUUUCAGGAGUAUCAGGGGAAGUCUGAAGACACUUCUGUCCUACCUCAUUUAAAUGUUCUGCCCAUAAACACAAAAUCGACUGAGAAGGAAAAAGUGAAGUACCAGCCACAGAAUGGAGCCGAAAAUCAGCUUCCGCAAAAUGCACCAAAUUCUUGGUAUCUCCAAGGAUUAACUCACAAGAUGAAUGGAGACCUGCAGCAAGCAGCCGAGUGCUUUGAGAGGGAACUGGGCCGCCUGUUGAAGAACAGCCCUUCAGGCAUAAGCAGUUUUUUCCUGCCAGCAUCGGAGCUUGAAGACGGCCAUGCAGAAGUGAGCCAGGGUACAGAUGGCUUCCCUCUCAGUGAGCUCCCUGACCCCGGAGCUGAAACAGAGAGGGGGGAAAGGAGAGGAGAGGGAGAAGCCUGUAACUGCCAUGAGGGGAAGAAGGAUGGGAAGGCAGGCGUUCCCCAGUCUGAGCUUGCUGACUAGGUGGUCUUGCUUAUAUGAGGCUUUAAGGUACAUUGUUAGAGAGCUCUUUCCUCAUGCCUGUCUCACCAGUUCCGUACCAGCCACACACAGUUGUGUAGUCUGCAGGUCUUAUAAGAAAUGACUACUAGAAGCAGAGCUUCAAACCCACAAAAAGUGAUUAAUUCUCAGUUUGCACUCAGUUCACCAGAAAUUCCCCAUUUCUGCCCUUUCUUGCCAAGGGUCAUAGCUCGAGAUUACCUACCAACAGAAUCGCACAUCUUUCAUCCCAUUACUAUUUAACCUUCUGGGCCGCCUAGAAGACUAGUUUUUGAUCAACCCUAAAGUAUUCUUUACUUGUUGUUCUUGAUUUCAGCCAUGUAUGAGUAAUAUGUAUAUUUUUGAUAGUGAUACUACAAUAAAUAUAUAUUGGUGAUAGUGAUACUACAAUAAAUUUCAUAAUUUCAACUCA